AUGGAACUUGGUUACGAUCCAACAUAUGUCGCGCCCAUCACUGUCGCACAACACGCACACAAGCCGCCUGUCACGGAUAUUCUCUCCCAACGCAAUUGGACGGCCUCCGCUAUGCACAACGGUACCUCUAAGCAGGUGCUAAGGAAAGAUGUAACUCGUGAGGACGCCUCGCGUUCGCUGCAUGGUUCGGUACCCACCGAGGCACCCACCAAGGCGCCCACUGGUCUUGUGGCUGGUCCCAAGUUCCUCUACUUCAUUUCACGUCGCGACCCUCAAUCCGUCACUUCAUCCCCAAUCCACCGUAAUCAAACGGGAGACUUAGAUACCUCCGAGCUGAAUCGGCGCGGUGUUAGCGAUCGUCUGCUCAUCGGAUAUCGUCAUGUGCCCAAGGUAGACGUGGACAAAUACAUCACAGAAGGCAACACUAUAAAAGGGGUUCAUGGCAAUGGGUAUCAGAUAGGGAGUGGAGCUUACGUGGCAGGUGGGACUCACGAUUGGAUACCCGGGGAGUAUAUGUGCCUCGUUUGGGUGGACCGAACAAAGUGGGCGAAAUUGAGAAAAAUCUGGAUCCCUAAAUACGAUCACACCAAGUCGGACGAGGUAUCUGUAGAGCUAUGGGACAAUCGCGCUCUCAUGGACGACUACAUCCGACGUACGCUCCCAGGCGCCGACCCAGCACAGACAAUUCGGUUCGGACGGAUAAUGGGCCCUGGGGAUAUGAUUGAGAAGACCCAGCUUGUUAUCCCCCCGGCAGUUCAAGGAAGUGUGCUUGGCAUCCACGUUCAAUGCUCCGAGUCGGCAAAAAUCAAGGAUGGUGCCCUUACAAAGAUCAAUUAUCGCGACAGGGAAUUGAUUCAGAAGUGGCAGAUACAUGGUAUAUCGCCCGACCUGGAGCAAUUUACGAAGAAAGGUGACAGCAGAUCUCCCUCACCUUCGAAAUCCAGGUCGCGCUCCAGAUCGCGUUCUUCUAAAUACCCUAUUCGCCGAAAGUCUGGUAGCGGUAAACGACCUGUUCGUCACUAG